AUGGAACGAUUCGGUGCUGCAAUUGCUGACCCGCCCGAUCCAAGCAUAGAGGUGAACCACGCUGCUCCGGUGAAGGCCGGAGUGUCAUGGCUCCUAGAGAGGAGGGCAACGCGUCAGGCUGGCUUCACAGAGCAGCGAGAACCUCCCGCUCCAUGCGGUGGAUGGAUAACGGGUCGGAGCACACUUACUCCAACAUUGCCUGACGGAUCGACACCAAUUGAACCAUCACCUUUUGGCCUGUAA